UGGACCACUUCCGACAUUUCCGUCGUUGUGAUGUUGAACAAAUGAAGGAUAAUAACAUAGUAUAUCUGAGCUAAAUUGGGUUCAAAUAGCAUAAACACUGUACAUAUAACCACACAAAUUCAAUAAUUCAACAUUAUUUUCUCACAAAGUAUACUGCUUUUUAAUUCAUAUUGAUGAUUCACACAGAAUACCGACCCGGCACGAGCAUAUUUUUGGGUGCGCUGAUUUAGAAAAAUCAGCUGAUACCAAAGAACUGACAAUAUAUUGUUAACUAUGAUACAUGGGCGCCAUGUAGUUAUUUUAAAAGUAUAGUAAAGAGCAGUAUAGAUGGGGAAUAAGCAAUCCUGUUGUUCAUUUGGAGGGUCCAAGCCGAGAAGACCUGAGGAUGCAUAUAGGACUUCAACCACACCGCAAUUUGCUAAUCACAGACAGGAUGAUGUGCAUGUGACAUUAACACACAAUAACCUGAGUACACCUUCUUUGUCAGCAGUGCCACACAUAAGUGACAGGGAAAUAUUACCAGAAGAGAAUGAAGCUGACCCGUCAAUUCAUCCUACGGCUACCACCUUGUUUUCUUCAAAGUCUCAGAGUGAGAUAGCUAAAAAUUAUAAGAAGAGAAGGAUCAGUCAGUAUGAACCAAGAAAUUAUCAAACAGAACACCUUCAUAAUAAUGCUUUAAGAAAGUGUAGUUCAUGUUCGACGAUAUUUAUAGAUGAUUCCACCGUCAGUCAACCAAACCUUAAAAACACAAUCAAGGCCGUAGCUUAUGCUGUUUACUUCCACAUCAGAAACAGAGAAAGUAACCGAACUCUGGAGAUAUUUGAUGAGAAGGCACAUCCUUUAUCUAAAGAAUUAGUUCCUGAAGAUUACAGCACUCGUGACCCAGAACAUAAACAUAUAUACAGAUUUGUUAGGAACUUGUUUAGUGCUGCUCAACUUACUGCAGAAUGUGCAAUAGUUACAUUGGUAUAUUUAGAAAGGCUUUUACACUAUGCUGAAAUAAACAUUAUGCCGGCUAACUGGCGACGGAUUGUAUUAGGUGCUAUCCUUCUCUCAUCUAAGGUCUGGGACGAUCAAGCCGUCUGGAAUGUAGAUUAUUGUCAGAUCUUGAAAGAUAUUGCAGUUGAAGAUAUAAAUGAUCUUGAAAGAAAGUUUUUAGAAAUGAUAGACUUUAAUAUUAAUGUCCCUGCUAGUGUUUAUGCCAAAUAUUAUUUUGAUCUGAGAGUGCUGGCUGAUGCUAAUGAUCUGAGUUUCCCUCUGGAGCCCCUCAAUAAAGAAAGAGCUAUCAAGUUGGAGGCAAUGUCUACUGAAGAAACCCUUGCCAAAUUACAGAAACCAUCCUUAUUUAGAUCUAACAGUCUAGAUGGUAUGACCAGUAACCCAAGACAGAGCAUAGUUGUCAUAUCUUAAUUGUCUCUAAUAUUGUUCACUGAACCAUAAUGUUGUCAUUCAUAAAGUCAUGCCUUUAAAGGUCACCCUUAAGGAUGUUUGCUCCUCUUGUAUUUCUAAGUUUUUGUUAGAUUAUUGUCAUCCUACAAUUUUAUCAUUGAAAUGUUAUUGAAAAAUAUUUUACGCUAUAACAUGUUUAAUAACAUAUAAUUUACAAAGCCAUAUUUGAAAAUCCUAUAAAGUCAUUGGUAUUUUUUCAUAGAUAUAUGAAGAUGUUUUUUUAAAGAAAAAAGGUGUCAUUGUUAAAUGUAUGAAAAGUCUAGAUACAAAUAUUUCCUGCCAAACUUUGGAUUUCUUAAAUCACAAAAACAAGCUUAUGUAACCUUAAUUUAUUUUCUGCCUUUUUAGUUCCUUUAUUUAUAUACUAUCAAUUUAUAUCAGUGCUUGUUCAUUUGAAAAAGAGAAGCGAACAUCCUUAAAGAUUUUUUGUUUGAUGUUGCCUUUCAAUGCCUUGUAUGGUAGGGUAAGGGUUAUUUUUUGUUGUUGACAAGUUUCUAUUAAUAAUAAAUAAUAAUUCAAUUUAUAGGGGAAAAAUUAAGCCCUUUGUCUAGCUUUUUCAAAAAUUUCAAAUAUCUUGUUGACAAAUGUUUGUGGUUCUCUUUCUGGUCACUCCAGUUUUUGACUGAUAAAAAUAUAUGUUAUGCUACCAUUUUGAAAGUAGUGCUGAAAUUGUGUUAAUCACACAAAAAAAAUCAAUAUUUAACAUGCAAGUUUUUUCCCCCCUUAAACAUUGAAACGUAGGGUUGCAGAACAAACUGAUUUUUUUCCAAUGUUCAGCCUACAUGUUAAAAAGUGAGAAAUUGGAUUUCAUAAGAUGUGGUAUGAUAUCUAACUCUUCACAAAAGUUCAUUGCACAAGAAUAUAAUCAACUUAAGGUCUACCUUCAACAUUUAGCAGUCAUCUUACUAUAGUCCUCUAUCAAAAGGCUUUGCUUCGGCAGAUUGAAAAAAAUAAAAUAAGAAAAGCUUUUAUACUGAAACAAUAAAUGAAAAACAUUCAUUCAUAUAAAACUGCUGUGUUGGCUUUAUAUGGUGGGUGUUGUGUUCUGCUGGUU